AUGCGCUUCUGGGGCUACGAAAUCACGGGCUUCUCCCUGCUAGGCUGCGCCGUGCUGGUGUUUGCGCAGGGCUUGCGCUCGAGGCUCGUUCUUGCUGGGGCUUUUGUUGGUUUUUGGCUGGGCGGUGCCGCAUUGUAUUGCGCAUGGGCCGUGUUGAUAUAUCCGCAUUACCUGUCGCCGCUGAGACAUUUGCCCACAGUCAAGGGAGGGCACUGGUUGUUUGGACACGGACAGAGGUUUGCAACCGGGGUAGAUGAACCGACAAGGGAAUGGAUCAAUACGAUUCCGCAUGAAGGACUGCUUCGGUAUUUCUGGUGGUUCAACAAUGAGCGGGUUAUCGUUUCGUCCAACAAGGGAUUGGCAGAAGUGCUUGUCACCAAGAGUUACCAGUUUAAACGACCUGACAUCGUGAGAAGACUGCUGUCGCCCGUUCUAGGCUUUGGCAUCCUCCUCACUGAGGGCGAUGUGCACAAAGUGCAAAGGCGGAACCUCAUGCCGGCAUUUGCCUUUCGUCACAUAAAAGACUUAUACCCCGUAUUUUGGCGAAAAGCCCGUGAAGUCGUACAGGCAAUGUCUGCCACAGCCAAUAGCGAUGGCAUUGCCACGCUGGAUGCGCUAGACUGGGCAAACCGCUGCACCUUGGACAUUAUCGGUCUUGCUGGCAUGGGUGUCGACUUUGGAUCUAUCCAGGACCCGACGAAUCCCCUCGCAACAACGUACAAGUCCCUCACGGGCACGCAGGGCCAGGCCGGUCUGCUUGGGAUCCUCCUGAUUCUCCUGCCAGCGUGGCUGGCCAACCGCAUACCACUGAGGAGUAACAACGUCAUCCACAAUGCCAACCGAACCAUCCGCAACGUCUGCAAAGAUCUCAUCCGGGACAAGAAGCACAGAAUGGCCAACAAGGAACGCACAGAUGUCGACAUCCUGUCCGUUGCAUUGGAGAGUGGCCUCUUUAGCGACGAGAACCUAGUCGACCAACUCAUGACCUUCCUGGCCGCGGGCCACGACACCACCGCCUCGGCAUUGACGUGGGCAACGUACGUCUUGUCGUGCUACCCGGAUGUCCAGACCCGUCUGCGCGACGAAGUCCGCGAGCGGCUGCCCCGGCUGGACGCAGACGCGGACAUCACCUCGGUCGACAUUGACAAAAUGCCCUACUUGAACGCCGUGUGCAACGAGGUCCUGCGCUUCUUCUCCCCUGUGCCGCGGACCUCCCGCGAGGCCGUCGAGGACACUACCGUCCAGGGAUACCCCAUCCCCAAGGGUUCGGUCGUCUUGCUGUCGCCCUGGGCCACGAAUGUUGAUCAGAAUCUCUGGGGCAGUGAUGCGUUGGAGUUUAAACCCGAGAGAUGGCUGGCCAGCGAUGCGAUGGACACCAAGAGCGCGAGCAGCGGCGGUGCGAGCAGCGUGUAUGCGUUUUUGACGUUUUUGCACGGGCCCAGGAGUUGUAUCGGGGCGAGUUUUGCAAAAUCCGAGUUUGCAUGUCUUUUGGCCGCGUGGGUGGGAAGGUUUGAGUUUGACUUGGUCAAUGACGAGAUGAGGGACAAGGAAAAGUUGGUUGUACGGUACGGCGUUACUGCACGGCCAAAGGGGGGUUUGCCCGUCAGGGCGAGGGUUUUGCCUGGGUUUUGA